AUGGCACUUCGAGGUCUACUCGCACUUGCGCUCGGGCUGCUGGCCGCAUCGCCCGCCCGGGCGGCCAGCAGCUCGAUCACACCCACCAAGAACUACAUCGACACCAUAUCGGGCUACAUAGAGCUAUCCACAUGCGCCGAAGGAGUUCUUAGCACCGUGGUCAGGGCGCAACAGAGCGGAUGCGGUGACAACCAAGCCUUGACGAGCUACACAUGUUUCUGCACGGAUUCCAGCAGCUACUUCAGACGAAUGAUCUCCACAGAGGUCACCAACUCAUGUGGUAGUGCUGGAACAGAACAGGCAUCAAGCGCAGUCGAAAUCUUCGACGGCUAUUGCGCCCUUGGCGUUGAACACGGCUUGUCGACCACCUCUUCUGCACAAUCCGCAACGGGAACUGCCUCGCCAGCUGCUGGUGCAGCAUCGACGCUGGUCACCUCGACGACCUCGGGCUCGGCGGCGUCUGCCACGGCGGCAUCUGCCAGCUCUUCCAAUUCCGAUUCGUCGGACAACACGCGGACUACGGCUAUCGCUGCAGGUGUCGCAGUACCAGUCGGCGUCAUUGGGCUCGCGCUCGUUGGAUACCUGUUCUACCGCAAACACGUCUCUACGAAGAUGCAGCAGCAGCAGUUGCCCGUAGCCUCGCCUCCAGCCGAACUGAGCGUCCCGUCGGAGAAGAACUAUCCGCCACAGGAGCUGUCGCCUCAAAGCGUGCAAGAACUGCCUUACCAAACACGCGAAUUCCAUGAAUUGGACGGGAAUGCCAGGCAUGAGGCCGAAUCGGACGCGGUGAAACGCGGCUGA